UUGGACACUACAUACCGCGGUACCCGGCCUCGCAGAACGAACGGAAUACGCUCCGAUGCGCUUCCGCUACCGGUAUAUGCGACUCGAUGCCACGCUCGUUCAACAAACGCUCUGGCAACAAUAAAUUGGAGAACAAAACGCGUGCAAAACAUUUUUCCAGUGUAUCGAAGAAAGUGAAAGUGGCAUAACGUUAUUCAAGAGAAAGAAAAUUUGUGCCAGAUUGAGAUCGUUUUAUGUGAUGAGGAAAUCCCCUCGCGGCAUAUUUAACUAGCAGUCCGAAUCGCGCCCUAGAUGCAAUUAUUCGGGAAUAUUUUGAGAACUUCGGAAGCUUUCGUUCGCUCGCCACGAAAGUUAUCUUAUUUGCCGGCAUCGAUGUCACCCGCAUACCAUUCCGUAUGCCACGCGAUUCGUGCGCUAGCGCACGUCGUCAUACGAAAUCGCUGAUGAGCAAAAAGUUGAUCCGGAGCAAACAAAGGAAUCAGAUCAGCUGAUCCGACGUAGACCUUUCCUGGCGCGGCGGCAAACCGUUCUCCGUCCUUCUCGCCUUUCUCUCUCGUUUUCUCCCGCCGAUGACCAUCGCGUUGACAGCCCCACCCGCGGCAUCACCUUCUCUUUCUCUCUAUCUCUCUCUCACUCCCGCCGAGGUAAUGCACGAGGUCGUCCAUCCGUUGGUGGAAACCGCUUUCCAAGCGGAGCCUGUUAACCCACUCGGGGCCUCAGUACACUCGCCGCCUUCGGUUCCACAUGUCGCACGGUGCGCGAGUGCGCUUUCGACGAAUGCCGAGGAUUUCGCAAGCGUUUUGACAACUUCGACCUUGAGCCGAGCCUGCUGGUCGUAGAUUCCAGCGAGUCGGAACUAACCGAUCCAGGAAAAUGAAGGGAUGGUUCGACGCUUUUCGCAGCGAUGGCGGCCCGACACUAUACAGCUACAGCAACCGCACUCCCGUCACCGGUGACGUUCCUCUGGUUAUCGUAUUCGUGGUAUUCGGCACCCUGUUCACGGCGUUUCUAGUCAUAUUCCCGGGCGUCAGGAAAGAGCGGUUAACCACAUUUCUCACGGUUACUCUGAGCCUCUUCGUGGGUGCGACGAUUCAAGUGUCGCAAUACGGCUCAUCCUGGCAUACGAGCUCCGCUACCAUUGUCAGCUCUUACAGCGCUUUCUCCAGGCAUAAGGCAACGGCCGACAUCGGCGGUUACAUCGGUUUGAUGCACAUCAAUAUAACAUACAAGUUAUUGCCAGGUAGCGAGCAAACGAGCGGUGAUGUUGAAUACAAUGAGCGAUUCUGGUGGCGAAGUUCCGGCGAGAUGACCAGCGCCUUCAAACAGGCCCUUUAUCAGGGCGCGCCCUUUCCCAUCGUCUCCUUAGCGGAAUAUUUUAGCUUGCAUCAAGAAGGCUUCUCCUGGGGCUCGCGAUAUCGCGAAGCUGGAUACUAUGCCUCGAUAAUGCUAUGGACCUCUUUCGCCUCGUGGCUAAUGAUGAAUCUGUUGUUGAUGGUGGUACCGCGGUACGGAGCGUACGGCAUGAUCUUUACAGGUCUGUGCAUGCUGCUGACGAAUCUAAUCUACACGGCACUCUUACCGUGCGAACCUCUGAUAGCUCACAUCGAAGGCUCGAUUCUCUCCUUCAACCUCGGCUGGAACUACUGGUUGGUGUUAUCAGCCGGUGCCGCGUGUCUCUUCGCGGGACUCGUAAUAACAGCUAUUGACAUGAUCUUUCCUCACCAAUUCUCGACCAUACUCGAGGUCGACUAUGACACGCCGUACGACAGGCAUGUCAUUAUAGAGGAGAGUUUCGAUACACGCAAUGUCAGGCGGAAAGUUCCCAAGAUUGAGGAUUCGUUUGGUGAUCGAAUAAUGAGCCAACUGUCGUCGAAACUUCAAAGCAGACACGCCGCUAAAGAGGACACCGAGGGUGUCAUUAAUCGAGGCUAUACGCACGAGCUGUCCGAAUUCUCGCAAGAAAUCGGCGAUGAGCACAGUAAGAGCAAUUGGUCGUAUCCAUUCCCACCAGCCAUGCGUAGAACCGUUAACGGCUAGUAUAUUUCUCACAUGCUGCGGACAACUGCGAUACUCAUCGAUUUCUCUAAACGCCAUUAAGAACAUUUAGAUACAUAUUUUAUUAUAUAAAUACUCUAUUUAAUAUUAUUUAAUAAAAAAAAAGGAAUUCUAGAUA